AAACCAAACGGUAUAACCGACUUGUAGGAAAUUCAUUUUGAAGAGCAGUGUUCUAGCUUUCUGCAAAAUGCUAAGCGGUUUUGCGAGACAUUUCAGCAAAUGCUGUCAUCUUCAAGGCCGGCGACUGGUAAUCGACGUUGAUUCUUCAACCAAAUACUCUCUUCUCGCAAACCAGCAGAGAUGGAGGGCGUACGUUCCAUCUCAUCAUCAAUUCGGCACGAUUAGGUCGCACAGAAUCUCGCACCACGGUUUCAUUUUGUAUCCUCGCUCUUCCUUUUCGUCAUCGUCGGCUCCCUCUUCCCGUUCGAAGCUUGGAUUUCUGGGAUGGUAUUUAGGGGUGCUUGAAUCUCGCCCUCUCGUCACAAAAAGCGUCACGACUUCGCUUAUUUACAUUGCUUCCGACUUGACCGCCCAGAUUGUUACACUGUCUUCUGCUAGCUCACUUGACUCAGUAAGGACAGUACGUAUGGCUGCAUAUGGAUUGCUAAUAUUGGGGCCAACGCAGCAUUUGUGGUUCAAUUUUGUAUCAAAAAUCCUACCAAAGAGAGAUGUAGUUACUACACUGAAGAAAAUAUUUAUGGGGCAGGCUAUAUAUGGGCCUUGUAUUGCUGCUGUUUUCUUCUCCUUUAAUGCUGGUCUGCAAGGUGAAAGUAGAAGUGAGAUUGUCGCCAGGCUGAAGCGAGACCUGCUCCCGACACUGAUAAAUGGCCUUGCGUACUGGCCGUUUUGCGAUUUUAUUACGUUCAAAUAUGUCCCUGUCCAUCUACAGCCUUUGGUAAACAGUUCAUGUGCAUACCUGUGGACCAUUUAUUUGACAUAUAUGGCAAGCCUAAAGAAAGUUGGUGCUGAUUAGCUUAUGUUUUUGACUCCACCUAUGUUUGAGAUCUGUACAUGUUGAAGUCAUCCAAGGAAUGGUGGCAGAAACUAAUGCUGCUCAAACUCUAUUUUUGGUGCAACAGAAGGGAAAGAAAAUGAGAGAAAAAACCAUCUAUAGAAAACAGCUCCAAAUUGGUCUACUAACAAUAGGGACAUGAGGAAGCAUGGUAGAUUCGCCAUGUCCUCAACUCAGAUAUCUCCACUAGAACUCAAAGGAUCAGCGCAUUGGUCUCCGAUUUUUGGUGACUGCGCGAGGAACAAACAACCAAAUUAGAUGCCCUGUAAUUGCAGGUUAGAAAUAUUAUAAAAAAAAAAAAAGGGAUAUUCUUGAUUGUAUGAUUAUAAUGUUUUUACUGUUCUGUAGCCAGUUUUUUAUACUUGCAACUUGAAUUUUAUUCCACUUGUAAUGGCAACAGGAGCAUAAUAUUUUGAGAACAGUCAUUGCAUUUUUCGCAUGCAUGAUUGUAAAUUUAUAUUUUUAA